CACCGCCAUUCAAUUUUCUAUAUUAUCUUUUUAUUUUUAUCGGAUAUCUAAUCAGACUACUAAUGACUAUUUAUCGAAAAUAUCGACAUCGUAUAUCAGGUAAUAUUUUCUUAAAUAAUGAUUGACAUUUUACUUCUUGAUUUCUGUUUAGUGACUGGCGAUGUUCCACCAAUCGAACGAAUUGCUAUAGAACAGAAUAGUAUUCAAGAGGAUGAGUUUAAAAUUACUGAUGCAAUGCAACGUGAAAGUGCGAUAGCUGAUGAUUAUUGGAGAUAUACAUUGAAAUAUAGAAAGAAAGACCAAAUGGAAAUUGCAUUACAUGAUAUUGAACAAAAACUUCAUGAUGUAAGACAGCAAUCAGAUGUUAUUACUCAUAAUAGAAGUAAUAAUUCAUAUUCGUAUCAAUUAUCGAAUGAUGUUCAAGAUUCUCUUCAAUUAGAAGAUUAA